UACCGAGUGGACGUGUUUUUCACGCGCGAGGACACACGCGCUUUUAUCAGUUGGGUUCUCCGCUGUCACACGGUGCACAAGUAGCGCAUCUUUCUUUUAUGGUUUAUGCGUCUUUUUUUUUGUUACGGUUAUUCGCGCGAGACACAAACAUUCGCAAGUGUUAUCUAAAUUAUGAUAAUUUUUACGCGCUGUCGUUAUUGACGGACGGUUUGCAGACCUAAUUAAUUUAUUCCGAGGCAGACCGCCUCGGUUGUGUUCGCGUUGUGCGAUGCGAUCGCGUUGUGAGUUAUCAGUUUGAAUUUUGUCACAACUCGGUGAGAACAAUUGGAAUGUAUCGUGAAAAAUAACAAAAAGAGUGUCCAGUGUUUGUGACACGUUAACUUGUUACGUUUGCAUUUAGCGUAAAGUGUGAACCUUUCGAUAUCCGGAAUCUGGAUCGAUGAAUUUCAGGCGCAAAUGUUUUGCUACGAUUGACUUGUUUCUCACGACUUCUAGCUGGGAAUUGUUGAUUUACAUCCAUCUCGAACUAAAAUAGCUAUCGUGUGCGAUCAAUGUGUGGUUCAGCAUAUAAAUAUUUGCAGGAAAAUUUGCAUUAUUGCUGCGGAUGAAUAAAUAAAUUUUGGAACAGUUCGCACCACACACAGCUCAUCUUCUGCCGCUUUUUGGUCGUAAAAAUCGGUACAUCUGUUUACGCUUCGAGUGUGCGCUGUGGAAAUGUUUACUGGAAGAUCCCAGAAGUGCUUGAUUUAUUUUUGAAAAUGCUGUGCGCCGAAAUGUUUCGAUAGUUACAGGCCUGUAGGAAAAAUAUACAUUAUACAUUACUGCGCGGAGUCAAACAACAGGUGCCCUUGUUGUGUUGGAGAGGUUUGAGCAAUGCGAACUAUUUUUGCGUGAAAAUCUGUCCUAUUGACACAACAGUCAAGUGUGCGGAAAGACCACUUUGGUUGAACCAAAGCCGACAUCGAGUGAAGAACGAAGGUGAAUUAUAACAAAUAAUCGCAUAACAAGAGAGAAUAUCGGUGGAGAAGAAACGAGAAGAUUAUUAAAGAAGAAAAAAAAGGUUGUUUCGAGGAAGAGAAGAAAAGUUUCACGUUUCCGAGAGUGCCCGCUGCUGUAGCUGAGAAUGAAUGUUAUUACUUUUAUGAGCUGAAUGCUGUGUUCUUCCCGGGUUGCAUGCUGUGGUCGGCGAUGAUUGGAAUCGCUCGUUUGAAAGAAGAAUCGGCGCGCGGUGGAAUGCGAGGCGGGAACCAGGUCUGAUUUUCUCUUUGACGCUGUCGUCAAUGAGUACUCCAGAUGAAAAUUAUGUUGAAGAAGAAACGUGAAGACGUGAAGCAGGAACAAGAUUCAUCACAAAUCUGAUCGAUGUUCGCGGAACGAAAACAAUAAAAGUGCUAAUACGCGAGAACUCAGUGGAUAUCGUUCGUUGUUGGCGUCUAGGCUUAGUUUGGUAUCACAUGCACAAUCAUAUCACAGUCAAGAUGCUCGGUAUGAUCUUGCUACUGUUGAUUGGCUGUACAUCAGCUGUUCUGAGCACAUCGGACUUUACCGCUCAGCGCACGUGCGAACCAAUUCGAAUAGAGCUGUGUCGAGGUAUUGGGUACAACGAGACAUCCUUGCCCAAUCUUGUUGGACACGAGUUGCAGUCCGAUGCUGAUUUCACGCUACAAACCUUCUCCCCGUUGAUUCAGUAUGGUUGUAGCAAACAGUUGAAGUUUUUCCUGUGCGCGGCUUACGUGCCGAUGUGUACACCAAAAGUUCCUAUGCCAAUCGGACCGUGCCGUGGCCUCUGUCUCACGGUCAAAACGUUGUGUCAUCCUAUCUUGCAGGGGUUUGGAUUUCCGUGGCCAUCCGCUCUCGACUGUUCUCGGUUUCCGGAGGAGAACAACCAUGAGCAUAUGUGCAUGCAGGGUCCAGGUGAACCCACGGACAGCGUUGUAAUGAUCUCCAACAAUGAUCGCCCCACAUGUCAAGGAUUAAUUAAAUCCCAUUUAUACGUGCGGCUGAAUAGGUCGGGCCGUUGUGCCCCUCUUUGCGAGGCAGACAUUAUGUUUGAACAGAAUGAAAAGCAUUUCGCGGAAGUUUGGUUAACGUCGUGGAGUGUUGCCGCGCUGUUUACGGCCAUUGUAGCCACAUUGUGUUUGAUCCUGGCUACGAAACGUUGGGACAAGAUUCUAAUGCCUCUGGUCAUCAGUCAUUGCUUGGUCACGGUUGGUUGGGCUGUCCGCUGGCUAGCGGGCCGUAAUGCAACUGCUUGCGGUUACGAUAUACAGCUUCCGGGCGUUUCACUGCUACUCACUGACGGCCUUAUGACGGCACCAUGUGCGGCCACGUUCCUCUUACGCUACUACUUCGGCAUGACGGCAGCUGUUUGGUGGGCUAUACUUUGUUUGCGCUGGAGUAAAUCGGUUCGACGACUUCUAAAUACCGAACUGAGCGGAGAUCAUCAUUCCGAAAAGUCGGAUUCCUCGUACAGUACCUUGUUCCAGCUGGCCGCCUGGGGAUUGCCUGCGGUGCAAACUGUUGUCGUGCUCGUCGUUCGAUUGGUUGACGCAGAUGAACUUUUCGGUUCAUGUUUCAUCGGAAACCAGUCCGACAAAGCGCUGCUCGGGUUCGUCAUAGUCCCUCUGCUAACCUAUUGGGUCAUUGGAUCCGGCUACCUCUUCACGGCGUAUCUUCGGAAGCGCUCAGCAUCGGCCCUGUUGGUGAGCAAUCUGCCAGUGCACAUCAACGGCAUGGGAAAGUUCCUAUUCAUCUAUUCCGUACCAAGCUCGCUGCUGCUUGUGGUGAUGUUUUACGAGUUUGCCUACCGGGAAAAUUGGCUCAGCACGCCCCAUCCAUCGCUGGAAACGGUGUCCUCAGCGAAGGCACCAAUUUGGCCUUUCAUCGCGCGGGCGGUGGUUGAGUUGCUGGUCGGAGUACUGGCAUCGGCCUGGGCUGUCGGACCCCGGAUAGCUGGCCUGUGUCGGAGUAAGGUCAACAAUCAAGUCUAUAAGCAGCCAGCGCCGAAAUUCGGCGCAUCGCCCUUCUCGGCCGCUUCGUAUCAAACGGUCUGUCCCCAGAAUUCGCUCGUUUCCGUUUCGAUAGGUAAAGUUCCUCCGCGCCAUGCACGGAAGUAUCCGUCCCAUUCGCACAUCAACCGCAAACCUCGCAACUACAAGGCGUCCUCGCAAACGAUGAGCCUCACCGGUAAUGAGACCGUGCUGUGAGAUGGGCGGUGGAGGUAGGGCGAACCCCACGAGGACCGAAACACAGGGAUUCGACGGAAGGGUCAAUUAUCGGCGUACAACGUUACGUCGGCGACAAUGUGAUAUUAAUUUUAGUGUGGAGAGUAAAUUAUUUAACUUGGAUUUUUACAUGUACCGUAAUAUUAUAGCUAGCCCAAACGACUGUGUGUACAUUUUGAGGGUAACGACGCGAUAAAAUUGAUCAUUUUUAAGAUUGGUACUUAAGAAAGGGUUUAAUCAUAUGUUGCAGAAAUUAUAAUUUGUGAACUGACAAGUAUAAGUGCUGAGGGCCGGAGAACAACAAGCGGUAAUGAAACACAAACGAUAUCUACACGCAGAAUCGGUGGUGCCGUUGGGGCGCAAGCAGAGUUUGCAGACCUACACACGCGUGUAAACAUAAAAGUGGAAAGUCAGGUGGAAGUUGUGAGUGGCCCGGGUUGUAAAUUGUUGAUGGCGUACCUGUUAAUCGACUAACGUGGGCUUCGUGAAAACAAGAACUUCGGGAUUCAUAAUUCUGCAGUUGUGCCUUUAGAAAGUUGAAACAGUUGGGUCACCGUAAUGUGGGAAGCUUUAGUAUUACAUAUAAUUUUUCCUGUGUAAAAUAACAUAUUGAAAUGCUAAGUAUCAUUGCUUAUAAGCUCCCUGUGAGUUUUUGCGCGAAAGGCUGUCAACCUGGCAAAACAUUGCUGGUUGAUUUAUAAUUUUCAAUCUUCCCUCUGAACUUGUUUUUUUUAAGUUGGUACUAUACUGUCAGUAUUCUUAAUGUCAAUUUUGAUUGCGAUCUGUCAUUUAGUUUGUUUUUGGUGAAUCAACUAUGUCGAAAACACGGGUGAAUUAAUUGUAUAAGGCAGUGAUUUUCAACCGGUGGGGAAUUCGGUCAUUAAGACGCGUCCACAUUACGCCAAUCGGCCUUGGCCGCCCGGUAAAGCCGACUAAAUGUGGACGUACUGCUCGGGCUUGCCGACGUGUCGAAAACUGACUCGAAUCAGACCGAACCCAACCCGAAACAAGUGGGUCCGGAGAAAGUCGAACCAAAACAAAACGAAGUAAAUUAGCGUUGACAGGGUUGCCAAUAAUAUUUUUCAAAAAACUGGAAGACUGCUUUUAAAAAAACUGGAAGAAAACUGGAUCCUGUAAAAUCAUUUUAUUUUAAGAAGUUCGACUUUGAUUCAUCUAAAAUGAUAAAUGAUUUAUUUUAACCUAUUCCAAUGUUUUAGAAUAAAAUUUACUUCGAUGCCUCGUGUAGUAUUCAUAUGUAAUUCAUAAAAAAAAAUGGGUGGGUUAUAUCUAUGAUAUAACCGCAAGGUUGACGUGGGACUACCUUAGCUUAGUAAUCAUUUGUAUGUAUUGAUUGAAUUUUUGAUUAAAUGUAACAAUUUCCGAAUUCAAUUGAAUUCAAUAUAUUUGCGUUGUGAGUAAAAAGUUUGAACAAAUGCCACGUCUCUAGUGUCUGCACGAUCUUACCAGGUACCUAUGUUUAGGAGACCGUGUUAGGGAAACGCAUUCGAGUCUGCACAAAGGCAAGCGAGUAUAAAAGUACCCGCAGUUUGCAUGUAUUUGCAAUGCCGAUUUCCCCAGACACCUUGGUUUAGAAGUCUUUAUAGGUAAUCAGAUUUUAGUCGGAGCAAAAAUACUCCGGACCUGCAUGAAUUUGCAAUCCCAAUUUCCCUAGACACCUUGGUUCUGAAGCUUGUGUUGGGGAAACAUAUUUUAGUCGGAACAAAUUGCCCUCGACUUGCAUGUAGUAGCAAUGCCAACUUCCCCACGCUCCUUGGAUUUGAAAUCUGUGAAGGGAAACGCAUUUCGGUGGGAACAAAAGCUGCCCCUACUUUCAUGUGUUUGCAAUGUCGGUUUCGCCAAUGCUGCUUGGUUUCGGAGAGAACAAAAGUUUCCCUACUGUCAUGUAUUUUCAAUUCCGAUUUCCCCAACGCUGCUUGGUUUUGAAGUCUGUGUUGGGGAAACCGUAAAUCGGGCCAAUCAAAACGAGGCAGUUAGGGCGUUUAGAUAACGCUUAACAUUUUACAGUUAUUCAAUUAUUUAUCUAAUGAAAAAUGACAUUUUAUUAAUUGCGAUAGAUGCGUAGAAAUAUUCCCUAUCAAUUGUUGCAAACAUCUUUCCGAUCCAGUAGAAAAUGUUCGAGUUAUAAGCAUUCGAAAUCUUGCAUUUUUUCCUGCAUGUUCAGUGUUUAUGUUUUCAUUUUACCCCCCUUAUAUUCCGGUUAGACGUAGUCCCACGUCAAAAAUAGCAAAAAAAACAUUAAUUAACCAUUCGAGCAGAUCAAAACAACGUUCUCCACCACUCGAACAUUACCGUGGAAUAUAUUUGAGGAUUUUUUAUAUUUGAGGAUGAGGAAAUAUUUGAGGAUGAGGAAAUAAAACCGUAUUUUCUAGAAGUUCUAGAAGAAAAUAGAACUUCUAGAAAAUACGGUUUUAUUUCGAUAAAAUUUGAAAAAUCUCGUAUUUAUUGAUCGACAAUGUGAUUAAUUGAGGUGUAGUGUUUCUUUUGACCAUAUUCGCUAUCUUUUUCGCAUUCACGAAGAAUUUAGAAUAGAGAAACUCCGCCUGCGAAUGAGGGAUCUUUAUAGAACCAUGUCCGAAAAAGAACUUAAAACUAUUGAUAACCAGAGCAACGGGUCCAAAGCCCAUAAGGAGGACGGUUAUAAUAGCUGUUAUCCAUCGCUAUUACGUAAAGAAAGAUAACUCUCCACCUUCGCUAUCGAAGUGCGAUACAGAGUACGUGCGAUUGAUAACGGAACAUAUCAUCGGUAAUACUGGUUUAAGAAGAGUUCUCUCGGUUAUCUUCUCAGGUUUUCAAAAGAUAACUCUCCUCCUUCAAGAUUGAAGAUGAGUAACGGAAUAUAUCGCCGGUCCGAUUGGAUUUAUAGUUCUUCUGGUUAACUUUUCAUGUUUCACAUAGAUAACUCUCCGCCGUCGCGAAUGGAUUUCUAUACAGUGUGAAGGCUAUGUAUAACAUAAGAUAUCGCUGGGACGAUUGCUGUUAGAGGAAUUCUCUCAGUUACCUUCUCAGGUUUCCCAACAUUCCACCGUCGUGAUUGGAUUUCGAUUGUAAAAGACGCGAAGAAUAAUAGGAUAUACAGCCGGUCCAAAUAAUUGUACAGGUUUUCCUUUUCAGGUUACUUAAAAAUGAUCUAUGCCGCAUGUUGUGCAACAUGAGAUUUUCAGAUUUUAUUUCGUCGAAUGAUCGAUUGAUGUAAACGGAAACAAAAUUAUAUCAAUUAAAGUCAAUGGAGCGCAUUCUCCCUAUGAUCUUCUGAACUUGAUAGAAUGAAUUGGGUUACCUAUAGCACCUGAUGUUCAUAUAAACUCAAAGCCAGCAUAGCACGCGGUCUUUAUGAACCAUUUUGAAUAAGAUGUUCUGUUAUGAACAUUGCACCAGUCGUGGUUUUAAAUGGGAGAACAAUUGGAGGACCUAGAACAUAUAAUAUUUAUAUAAUCUCGAAGACAGUGUAGCACGUUGGGUAGGCGCCACACCGUUUUGAAUUCGUAAGCAUAAGCAGAAGAAAAAUAACACUGAGAGUGUGUAAGAAGAGAAAGAUCGAUCCAAGGUGAAUACAUCUUGAAUCGAUCGAACGAAAAAUGUCAAAUAUAAAAUUGAUCAAGGAAUAGGAGGGAUAAUAUAUAAGGCUGUCAAAAAAGUCCUGCGGUAUUUUUUUUGAAUUUUCAUUUGUUCAUAAAAUUAGUUACAAUCAUCUGUUUUAAGUCAAAUAUGCGCCGUUUUGUUCGAUGACUUGUUCCCAACGAGAUGCCAACUCCAUAAUACCCCUGUUAUAGAAACUCGCUUUCUUAUUGGCAAAAAACUCGGAUAGCCAAUUUUCACAGGCCUCUUUUGUGGCUAACUUUUGACUACCUAGCUCGUUCGCCAUGGACAAAAACAGGUGGUAGUCACUUGGUGCAUGGUCCGGACUAUACAGCGGAUGCAAAAGAACCUCCCAUCCGAGCUCCAGGAGCUUCUGGCGCGUCACCAAAGAAGUGUGUGGCCUCGCGUUGUGCUGAUGGAAGACAAUGCGGCCUCUGUUUAUCAAAGAUGGCCUCUUCUUCAUGAGUGCUACCUUCAAGCGGUCCAGUUGUUGGCAGUACAGGUCCGAAUUGAGCGUUUGGCCAUAGGGAAGCAGCUCAUUUGGUGGGAUUAUUCCUUGACAAUCCCACCAAACACACAGCAGAACCUUCCUGGCCGUUAAUGAGGGCUUGGCCACCAUCUGAGCCGCUUCAGCGGGCUUCGACCACGACCGUUUGCGCUUCACGUUGUCAUAAGUGACCCACUUUUCAUCGCCAGUCACCAUCCGCUUCAGAAACGGGUCGAUUUUGUUGCGAUUCAGCAGCGAUUCACAUGCGUCGAUACGGUCAAAGAUGUUUUUUGCGUCAACGUGUGUGGCACCCAUACAUCGAGCUUCUUUGUGAAUCCAAGCUUCUUCAAAUGGUUAAUAACGGUUUGAGGACUUAUCCCCAGCUCUUGGCCGAUGCUACGGCUGCUACUAUGCCGGUCUUUCUCGGCUAAUUCAGCGUUUUUGUCGCAAUUUUCGACGACAGGCCUUCCGGAGCGUGGCGCAUCUUCGACGACCUCUACACCAGAACGAAAACGUUGAAACCAUCGUUGUGCGGUGGAAAUGGAAACUGUAUCGGGUCCAUAAACUGCACAAAUUUUAUUGACAGCUUGAAAUGCAUUUUUGCCUUUGUCAUAGUAGUACUGUAAAAUAUGUCGGAUUUUCUCUUUAUUUUGCUCCAUAUUUGCGACACUAUAACUCACGAACGACUUAACCAAACAAAACACUAUCAAGGACUAUAUUAUAGCGUGCAAAAAUACCUUUCCAACAAGCUAUAGUAUGACUCGAUACAAUGAAUACAACUAGAACUACGCGCUUACAACGACACCUCGCGGAAAUAUCGCAGCACUUUUUUGACAGCCUAAUAGUUUUGCUACUGUCAUGCGAUGACCCAAUACAAGCAAGAACAAGCGAUGUGCAUUGCUUCAUAUCUAGAACGAUACUGAAAGUUUACCUCAGCGAGAUCCAAUAUUAAUGCUUUAGUCGUUCUUAAUCUUCUUGUUUUCUUUGUUCACGCAGGCUUUAAAUCAUUCCCCUUCGUUGAUCGCCGAUAAGUUGCUCGGUAUUGACGGCAUGGGUAGGGAAGCUCACAAAUGAGCAGAACAAAUGUAUGGGAAAUGGAAAUGCUUCUAGUUUUCAUCAAUUAAAACCGUUUACACAUCAGGAGAUUGUAAUAUAUAGCAUAAAAAAACAAAUAUUAGGGAAUUAGGGAAUUCUCAUUCGUUUGGUAUGUGAAUCGUCAAAAUCUGUUCGCGGCAAAAAAAAAAGUUAUUACCGUUAACUUUAUUUCAUAAAAACGUAACACGUUUUUCUGAUUUGGUACCCUUAAUGAAAGACGUAGUUCAACGUCAAAAAGUAAAAACUAGACUGACGCAAACUGUGAUUUCACCUUCGAUCACCCUGAGUACCCAGAGAAUGCAUUAAGUGCUGCACAUCCGCACUCCGAACAUCUGCAACGAUCCGAUUACGCCAAAAGUGGGUGCGCAAGAGAAGAGAUGUGAGCAAGAGGAUGCUGGUGUGAAGUUGACUUGAAACGAGAAACACUACUUGUUCCGGGUAAUGGCGAUGGCGAUGGCGAUGGUGGUUGUUAAACAGUGUUGAAAGCCACAGAGAAAGACGCAUUUUUCGAAUAUAAUCGAUUUUUGAUUGGAUUUUUGUUUCUUUUUUUACGCCAUUUUUUACGAUGAUGGUAUUCUACGGGAAGAGAAAAUAUCUUGUUCCCACCUUGUGCUGGCGGGGAGUGCGAGGUGCCCGCGUGGAGAAUAUAACAAUAAUUUACAAUAAAACCUUUACGAUAAUGUUGGUAAAUAAAUAAAUAAAGUUUAAACUAUACCGCGCGUACAUUGUGCUGCGCUUUCGCAUCUCUGGAAACAUGCUUCGAUGAUCGAGGUGCUGUUCUGCGGACAGAAUAUCUCGUUACUGCGGGAAUGUCGGUACAUGAGGUGAAUACCUGUACGCAACGUAUCUUCCAUAAGCAGCUCUGUGGGGUGUUGAGUUUUGGCACGCUGAAAAUAAUUCCUCGGUUCGCUCGGUGCAUUACGUUGUGCCGCCUUAGGGGAGCACUUUUGUGCAUCAUCAUCCUCUUGUCAAGAUCACAAGCUGGGUUUCCUUAGCCGAGAGCUGAUUGGGUAGCAGUUAGCUAGUUAGCGGAGAUUCGUUGGUAUGUAGUUGGUAUUGUUCGUAAUGACUUAUUUUUUUAACCUGUGUUCAUUUCAACGGGAUUGGCAAAAUGAUAAACAAAACUAUGGAAAAAAAUAUUACUGAAUUAUUUCAAAGUUUGAUUUCUGUUGUUGAUUUUAAUUCUCAAACUGCAUACCAAACAGUUUUCUUCUAAUCAGAUUCGACAUAUCGGUGCAAGAUGCUUUUUCGCCCAUCAGGAUAUAUUUACCAGAUGUUGCAAAAUUCAUUUGUUCAAUUUAAAGUAUUUUUCCCUAUCGUUCCCAUAUAGUUUUAUUAUUCAAUUCAAUUUGGUACCACCGGCUGAUAGGGUUGUAGAGAAUAGAGAAUAGAACGAGGUAACUAUGUAACCCUUGGAACUUUUUAGAAUUAUAUGCAAAUCAUGUGGUACAACUGUAGGUCUCCUUUUUGUGACCUGGCUGAAACAAGUAUAACUUUCAAACGGGUCACGUCGACUGGAUGUUCAGUUUUUUUUUGUUAGCCAUGUGCAUUGACGCUACUUUUUAAAUAUAUGUGUUCCGUCAUAUCCGACAAAAAAGGUGUGCUGAGGACGUGUCGGUCAUUUGUGGUAAACGUUAUUCAAAAUUGUUAUCCGGACGGGAUAACAAGCGCUGAAAUAAGAUCGGUCCCUCAUUCACCCGGAACGGGACUGAAUGCCAAUAAUUGGAUCCUGUGCGCCACCACCAGCCAAAUGUACCUCGAAAACAAGCGAUCGUAUAAGUAAGUUCCUGCCAGGCUAAAAUGGUGAAUAUAUAUGCACAUAUAUUGGCAUGCUGUAUUUUGUUUGUUUUAGAACGAAAUUUUAUGCGUGCAAUUUCACCGUCUUUCUCUUCGCGGGAUUCUCGAGUCCGAGGAACCAACUGGUGCCUCGAGGCUUUCUCUCCAUUACCCCUCGAUCAUGCUCCUCAUGCUCCUGAACUGCAAACAGGCACCAACGCGAACAAGCCGACUUGGCCGUAGUUAGCAAGUCACGAACCCAUAAUUUAGCUAGUUGAGUUUCUUGAAACGGAAUUGCGUUACCCUCGAUGGACACCGGUGAUCGGUGAGCCUCAGUGUAAAGGGAGAUAAUUGUGCCCCUAGCGAUUAAGUGCUGCGAAAGUUUUCCCCUUUUUCGGGGAUACUCUCGACUUGUGCUGGGCUCUGGUACGCAUACAGAGCGAUCGUUUCUUGUUAGGCUUCUAAUUACCAGCUUGUUUUCCUCCGCAGCCAUAGUUCGAACGUCAUUAGCAGUUCGAUUAACACGCAAUUGUGGCAGCUCUUGUAUUAUCAAUUAAUGUGUUGUAAUGUAUUGUGAUUUUUAUCGUGUUAGGUGGUCAUGAAUUGUAAAUAUUUAUUGUAUGCUUAUGUAGGUUCUAUAGAGGUAAGCAUAAACGACUGGUUUUACAUUGAUACAUUAAAUAUAAUAUAUUUGUCUCCAAUUGUGCCAUUAGUAAAGUUAUAUCGAACAUGAAAACGAUGAUUCUGUUUCAAUUAUUAUUGAAUUACUUCUUAAGAGAAAUACUUAAUAUUAUUAAUAUUUGUACUUAGAUACCGGGCAAUGUAAAUGAAAU